CUUCACAGAAACUUACCUUAGAGCAUGGACACCAGUAAGAAGACAGAACCCCCUUUAUCUGUAGAAAUGGUGCAACAAAGGGCCAAUCCUGAUCGCAGUCCUUCGGCAUCAAUUUAUGUUCCAGAACAAGGUGGCUACAAAGAGAAAUUUGUAAAUGCUGUGGAAGAUAAGUAUAAAUGUGAAAAAUGUCACCUCAUCUUAUGCAACCCUAAACAGACAGAAUGUGGACACAGAUUCUGUGAGACCUGCAUGAAUGCCUUGCUAAGUUCCUCUAGUCCAAAAUGUACAGCGUGUCAAGAAAGCAUAGUAAAAGAUAAGGUAUUUAAAGAUAAUUGUUGCAGGAGAGAGCUGCUUGCCCUUCAGAUAUAUUGCAGAAAUGAAAACAAGGGCUGUAAAGAACAACUGUCUUUGGGUCAGUUAUUGAUGCAUUUGAAAACUGAUUGUCAGUUUGAAGAACUCUCAUGUCCUCGUGCUGAUUGCAAAGAAAAAAUACUGAGAAAAGAUUUGCCAGACCAUGUAGAGAAGACCUGUAAAUACCGGGAGACAACCUGCAAAUACUGUAAAAGCCAAGUCCCAAUGAUUAUGUUGCAGAAACAUGAAGAUACAGACUGCCCGUGUGUCAUGGUUUCAUGUCCUCAUAAAUGUAGUGUUAAAACACUCAUGAGGAGCGAGUUGAAUGCACAUUUGUCAGAAUGUAUUAAUGCCCCAAGUACCUGUAGUUUUAAGCGUUAUGGCUGCACUUUUCAGGGAACAAACCAACAAAUUAAAGCACAUGAAGCCAGCUCAGCAGUGCAGCAUGUUAACUUAUUGAAAGAGUGGAGCAAUGCUCUAGAAAAUAAGGUGGCCUUGCUCCAGAAUGAAAGUUUGGAAAAGAACAAGAGUAUACAAACUUUACAUAAUCAGAUUUGUAGCUUUGAAAUAGAAAUUGAAAGACAGAAGGAAAUGCUGCGGAAUAAUGAAUCUAAAAUACUUCAUUUACAGCGAGUGAUAGACAGUCAAGCAGAGAAACUGAAAGAGCUGGACAAAGAAAUCCGUCCCUUCCGACAGAACUGGGAAGAAGCUGACAGCAUGAAGAGCAGUGUAGAAUCCCUCCAGAACAGAGUGACUGAGUUGGAAAGUGUUGACAAAACUGCAGGGCAAGGAGCUCGAAAUACAAGCCUGCUAGAGACACAGCUGAGCAGACAUGACCAGAUGCUGAGUGUUCAUGAUAUUCGGCUGGCUGACAUGGACCUCCGAUUCCAAGUUCUAGAAACUGCCAGUUACAAUGGAGUAUUAAUUUGGAAAAUUCGCGAUUAUAAACGUCGGAAGCAAGAGGCAGUCAUGGGGAAGACUCUGUCCCUGUACAGCCAACCCUUUUAUACUGGAUACUUUGGCUAUAAGAUGUGUGCCAGAGUGUACCUCAACGGAGAUGGGAUGGGAAAGGGGACGCACUUGUCGCUGUUCUUUGUCAUAAUGCGUGGAGAGUACGACGCGUUGCUUCCCUGGCCCUUUAAACAGAAGGUGACUCUCAUGCUAAUGGAUCAGGGACCUUCCCGGCGCCACUUAGGAGAUGCUUUCAAGCCUGAUCCAAACAGCAGCAGUUUCAAGAAGCCAACUGGAGAAAUGAACAUUGCAUCUGGCUGCCCGGUCUUCGUGGCUCAAACUGUUCUAGAGAAUGGAACGUAUAUUAAAGAUGAUACUAUUUUUAUUAAAGUCAUAGUGGAUACAUCGGAUCUACCAGACCCCUGACAUACAGCGGGGGAGGCGGAUUAAACAGCAGUCGACUCCGUUUGGGGGUUUUAUAUCAGUUUGUCUUCAAUCAGAGGUCCUAAAGCUCACAGAACCACCUUGUGGAACAGAUGGAAGAGUUUGAAGGCAUAACUGCAUAGGGUCCAAUUGCGAAAGUAGCAACACAUUAAGAAAUCAUACCAUGGUAUAUUUUUUAAUAGAACUAGCAACACUUAAGCUCUGAAGAGUCACUUAUCCCUCAUGAGGAUAAUGAUUAUGGUCAGAGAGGAUUUUUUUUUUUAACUUAUUAACGAUCUAGUCAAUUGGAGGUGAAAAGACAUAUACAGUAUGUGCUGAAUAAAUUACUGACUUUUAUUUCUUUAAGCUAGAAUACAAAAAAAAACCACCAACCUUCACACGUGGGCUAGCUGGAAAUUGUCAGCAUGUUAAAAGAAGAAAUGAUGAAGUAAUGUUGCAAUUAUGAUAUUAUUUGAAAAACUGAGGUGCAAUCUUGUCUGAAAUAUAGUAUAUUGUCUUUUUAA